AUGCAAAAUGGAGUAAGCCCGUGCCUCCAACAACCGACAUACUCCUCGCCUCUACCAGAUUUUGUCUUACAGACAGAAUUGCCAAGGGGAUGGAAAGUCCCUAAAUUUACUAAGUUCGCGGGGGAUACUGAAGAAUCCACCGUCGAACAUGUAGCGAGGUACCAAACCGAGGCUGGUGACAUAGCAAACAACGAGGACUUGAAGUUGAAAUACUUCCCAAGUUCUCUCACGAAAAAUGCGUUUACCUGGUUCACAGCGCUACCGCCUCACUCAAUCCAAACAUGGACACAGUUGGAAAGGUUAUUCCAUGAACAAUUUUACAUGGGACAAUCAAAGAUCAGUCUUAAAGAACUAGCGAGCGUUAAGCGAAAGGUCGUUGAGUCAAUUGAUCAGUACCUGGACAGGUUUAGACUAUUGAAGGCGCGAUGCUUUACUCAAGUCCCUGAACAUGAACUAGUCGAGAUGGAGGCUCGGGGUCUAUAUUAUUCUAUAAGGAAGAAGCUGGAUACCCAGUACCUUAGGGAUAUGGCCCAAUUGGCCGACAGGGUUCGACGUAUUGAACGUUUGAAAGCUGAAACGUCUAAGGUGGGUCGAUAUCAUAAAAAAGAGAAAGUGUUCUACAUCAUAGUUGAAGGAGACUCUUCCGACGAUAAAGAUAUAGUCGACAUAAGUGAGGUCAACGUGGCAGAACUCAAGCCCGGACCUCCAUAUACGUGCAAGGUUUUGAAACCAUCGAAUGGGAAAAACCCUGUCGAACCAGAGAGAACAGACAAAUAUGUCGCUAAGACAUAUACGUUCGACGUGUCUAAAUGCGACAAGAUCUUUGAUCUAUUGAAAGCUCUGAAAGAAGGAAGGCUUCAAUUUGGCGAAAGGCCAAAAAUGCAGGUGGAUACCGACCCUUUGAAGGUGGAAGAAGCAUUGUAUGCUAAGCCUCUAGAAUGCAUGAUGGUGGAGACUACUGAUGGUCUCACUGAAGUUCUCAAAGCAACCUCCGCGGUAUUCGACGAGAAAACCGCCGAAAUACUGGAGGCCGACAACAAGACCGAUAAGGAGGAAAAACCUGUUGUCCCACGAUUUGUGUUCGACAGACACGAAGCUCCUCGACGGAACGAAGAGUACAGGAGACAAUUUCAACGUCCCCGCCCGAAGACAUUCAUUCCUCCAAUUGAUGUUCCACAGGAGAAGUAG